GCGAUGCGUUCGCUUCACGGGCGAUGCGGCUUUGGAUUUUCCUGCGGGGCUGUAGUUGUCAUUUUCCCAAAACCUCUUUCCUCCUUCUCCUCCUCACUCACUGAUUUGUCAGUCAUAAGGGGGAAGUAGAGAGAGACACAGAGAGAGAGACAGACAGAGAGAGAGAGAGACAGAGACAGAGACAGAGAAAAGCGCCUCCAAGACUUGUGGACCUUCUCCUUCGCUUUUUCUCCCCCCCAAAAAAAACGGAUGGUGCGAAGCGUCGGCUGUGGAGACUGAAUGGGAAAAUAAGAAGGCAUCGCUGUGCCGAAUGCUCCUUCUCCACGACCGGCGGUGCUGUGGAGAUCUGGGACAGAUUUUGUUGGCAGCCACCGAGCGUGGCCCUUUGAGAGAGAGAGAGAGAGAGAGAAAGAGAGAGAGAGAGAGAGAAAAAAAAAGGCUGUGGACAAACGAAGCAGAGAAAUACCGAGGCCUCCGCAAGGGAUUUCUCUCGUUCCGAGCUGUUUUACGCCCGUAAGUAUUGAACUCCGCUCUCCGGGCAGAGCGCCGAUGCACAAAUCAAUGUCGGUGACCUCUGGUCCAAGCCAGCACCAGGUGGCAAGCUUCUAAAGGCUGAAGGAGUUGGCUAAUCCAGGUUUGACCAGACUUUUCCUGCCCCAUCUCUGCAACGCUUCAUCGAAUGCUGUCUCGUGCCUCUCCCAACUGACAGCUCUCAAGUGCUUGCUGUGCGCCCUUGACUGGGAAAGUUUAAUGGCUUUCAGGUAGAAGCUGGGAAGAGACGACAAAGAUGAACACAGUAACCUCCAUGGACAGACACAUUCAGCAGACGAACGAUCGCCUGCAGUGUAUCAAACAGCACUUACAGAACCCUGCGAAUUUCCAGACUGCCGCCACCGAGCUCCUUGACUGGUGUGGUGACCCUCGUGCAUUUCAGCGUCCUUUCGAGCAGAGUCUGAUGGGCUGCUUGACGGUCGUCAGCCGAGUAGCAGCACAACAGGGUUUUGACUUGGAUCUCGGAUACAGGCUGCUGGCUGUAUGUGCGGCAAACAGAGACAAGUUCACUCCAAAAUCAGCAGCCCUCCUGUCAUCGUGGUGUGAGGAUCUAGGGCGUCUCUUGCUGCUUCGUCACCAGAAGAGCCGUCAGAACGAUACCCCUGGCAAAUUAGCAAUGCAGCCACCGAUGAACCCAAUGAACUCCAUGAAACCAGCACUCCCUCCUGGACCACACAGUGAUGGGUCAUUCACCUAUGACUCUGUCCCAUGGCAACAAAACAGCAAUCAGCCACCGGGCGCCUUGUCUGUGGUCACGACUGUGUGGGGAGUCACCAACACAUCACAGAGCCAGGUGCUGGGAAAUCCGAUGGUAAAUACAAAUAACCCCAUGACUCCAGGAGGCAACCCAAUGGGUUCCGGGAUGUCUGGGAACAAUCCCGGGAUAAACUCGCCUCAGUUUGCCAGCCAGCAACAGCAGUUCCAGGGAGCAAAGGGUGGUUCAAACCAAGCGUACAUGCAGCAGGGCAUGUACAGUCGGCCAAACUAUGCGGGUACAGCCAACUUUGGCAACAGUUACCCUGGCGGCCCCAAUGCCCCAGGCUCCAUGGGGAUGCCUCCACACAGCAGAGCACCGACGGAUUUUACCCAGCCUGCUGCUGCGGCCGCCGCUGCAGCAGUCGCCGCCGCCGCCGCAACGGCAACAGCCACAGCGACCGCCACCGUGGCCGCCCUGCAGGAGAAGCAGAACCAGGAGAUGAACCAGUACGGACCGAUGGGUCCAGCACAGGCUUACAACAGCCAGUUCAUGAACCAGCCUGGUCCCCGGGGGCCUUCUUCCAUGCAAGGCAGCAUGAACCCAGCAGGAAUGGGGGGUGGGAUGACCCCAUCCAGUAUGAGUGGUCCACCCAUGCCAAUCAACCAGCCCAGACCCCCAGGCAUGAAUCAAGUUUUUGCUGCCCACAGUCAGAGAGUGCCGCAGCAGGGCUACCCAGGCCCAAGACCCUCCCAGCCGAUGCAAUUACAGGGAGUCAAGAGGCCUUAUCCAGGCGAGCCGAAUUAUGCAGGACAGCAGUAUGGGCCAAGCAGCCAGUUCCCCAAUCAGCCUGGUCAGUAUCCAACCCCCAACCCUCCCAGGCCCAUCACAUCCCCCAGUUAUCCUGGUCAGAGGAUGCCUGGUCAACAGAACACAGGCCAGUACCCUCCACCUCCAGUCAACAUGGCCCAGUAUUACAAGGCAGAACAGUUUAAUGGACAAAACAACAGUUUUGCUGGCAGUGGAUACACCUACAGUCAAAACAGUCUGAACGGGUGUCCUCUCUGUCUCUCCAUCACAAAUGCUGGGAGUGGAAAAGAAACCAAACCUCCAAGGCCAGUGACGAGCUAUCCUCAUUCUCCUGUACCAGGAAAUCCCACUCCACCAAUGACUCCAGGAAGCAGUAUUCCACCGUACUUGUCUCCCAACCAGGAUGUCAAACCACCCUUUCCACCAGACAUCAAGCCCAAUCUGAAUUCUCUGCCUCCCCCGCCUCCAACUAACCCCAACGACGAGCUACGGCUGACAUUCCCAGUACGGGAUGGCAUCGUGCUGGAGCCUUUCCGACUGGAGCACAACCUUGCAGUCAGUAACCAUGUCUUCCACUUGCGGCAGUCUGUGCACCAGACAUUAAUGUGGAGGUCUGACUUGGAGCUUCAGUUUAAAUGCUACCAUCAUGAAGACAGGCAGAUGAACACAAACUGGCCUGCGUCUGUCCAGGUCAGUGUGAAUGCAACACCACUCACCAUCGAGCGGGGAGACAACAAGACCUCCCACAAGCCCUUGCAUCUAAAGCAUGUCUGUCAACCCGGAAGGAACACCAUCCAGAUUACUGUCACCGCUUGUUGCUGUUCACACUUGUUCGUACUUCAGUUAGUGCACAGACCAACAGUCCGGUCGGUACUUCAGGGCUUGCUCAAGAAGAGGCUUCUUCCUGCUGAACAUUGCAUCACAAAAAUAAAAAGGAAUUUCAGCAGUGUGGCAGCUUCCUCGGGUAAUGCCACAUUAAACGGAGAAGAUGGAGUGGAGCAGACAGCAAUUAAGGUGUCCCUGAAGUGUCCAAUCACAUUCAGGCGGAUUCAGCUUCCAGCAAGAGGCCAUGACUGUAAGCACGUCCAGUGCUUUGAUUUGGAAUCCUAUUUGCAACUGAACUGUGAAAGAGGAACGUGGAGGUGUCCUGUAUGCAAUAAAACAGCAGUCCUGGAAGGCCUUGAAGUUGACCAGUACAUGUGGAGCAUCCUGUCAAAUAUUCAGAACUCUGAGUUUGAAGAGGUCACCAUUGAUCCGACGUGCAGCUGGAGGCCAGUUCCGUUAAAGUCUGACAUUCACAUUAAAGAUGAUCCAGAUGGCCCCCUGUCCAAGAGGUUUAAGACCAUGAGUCCCAGCCAGAUGAUUAUGCCAAAUGUCAUGGAGAUGAUUGCAGCCCUUGGGCCGGGUCCAUCGCCAUACCCAUCCCUGCCUCCGCCUCCGGGAGGCAACAAUGCCAGUGAAUAUGGCAGCCAGGGUAACAAUUACCCCAGCCAUGGGAACUUCGAUUUUCCACAUGGCAACCCUGCUGGUACUUCCAUGAACGACUUCAUGCAUGGGCCCCAGUUGUCACAUCCUCCAGACAUGCCUAACAGCCUUAUGACUCCCGACAAGCCUCUCAGCCACUCCAUGCCUGACCAGAUCCCUCAUCCUGGCAGUACUGAUCAGUCCCAUAGUUCCAUGCAGCAAGGUUUGCACGCACCUCACCCCAGCAGCCAGUCAGGGCAGCCAUUACAUCACAGUGGUCCUACCCAGCAGUCCAGGCAGCCCCAGCAGGCUGGUUCUAGCAACCAUCCACACAGUGAUCUGACCUUUAACCCGUCCUCCACCUUGGAAGGUCAGGCUGGUGGUCAGGGAACGUCCGACAUGCCGGAACCCUCACUGGAUCUUAUUCCAGAAUUCACAAAUCCAGACGAGCUCCUCUCCUACCUUGGCCCUCCCGACUUGCCCAGCAAUAGCAAUGAUGACCUACUUUCUCUUUUUGAGACCAACUGAAGCCCUAUCCAUCCAUGUGUUCUCACCAAGUAGCCACACAAAGUCACCCUUUUCCGCAAGCGUUCACAAACUAGAUGAAAUGGUGCAUCCAGGCUCUUCCUCCCCCUUGGGACGAUCACCUUAUCCGGUUACACUGACUGAAAGCAAUGGGAGGGGGUGGGCAGCGGGUGCUGAGAGGGGCUGGGGGAAAUACAACUGUUUGGUGCAGCAGGCUCGCCAGAAACAUCACUCACAAUCAUACAAACUCCUGUAACUUUAACGAGUCACGGUUCUGUGGACACGUAGGAAAAGCCCAUUGUGUAAAGCAUCCAAGCAUCAAAUCUGAGAAUCUGAACUGAAAGUUGGGAAGAAGUGCCCUUAUCGGCCACGUUUGCUCUUCCCGAUUUUGUUUCCCCCUCUUCCCCCUCAUCACUCCUUCCACGCAAAGUUCUUCCACUCCAGAAACGAAGCUCCUCCAAGCAGCAGCUGUAGGAUCAGCAGAAGACAAACUGACUGAGGAGGGACAAAUGGAGAAACAUUAGGUCGGACUGGCAACUCCAAAGCACAAGAUACUGGCCUAAAUGUCCAAUUGGGAAUAUGUGUGUACCAAAAAGUGAAAGGGAAGUUGUGGCCUCCGCAUUUGAGGAGUCUUCAGUUUGCCGCUAUUUUUCAUUCUACUUCAGUGUAUAUAUAGUGAGAUUUUUCUUGUUUGCUUUUUAUUUGUGUUUUUAUUUUGUGUUCUAUUCUGCAACACGAGGAGGGACUUGUUGAUCUGGAAGUGAGACGCAUCCAAGAGCGUCACUUGCAGCACUUAACAAGACUUAACUGCAAAUCACAGGUGUCUAACUGGUACCUCAUGCCAGUGUCUCAUUCUAUCUGUUAUGAUGGGAUCGAGGUGAGGGGGUUAGGGAGGGAAGGGAGAAAGGUCUGGAUGUUUGAAGCUCGAUCUUAAAAGAGAAGACAUUGCAUUUGUCUUCUGAUUUUUUAAUACUGAUGUUAAUAUUCACUCUGUGGCAAAGGCAGCAAUUCUUUGCUAGCAAGUGGUCUAGUUUGCUGGAAAAAGAAUCAAUCCUGCAGAAACGGAGGAAGCCAGUACCCUAUAAUAAUUGAGUCGGAAGUUAGAAAGGAUCUCCCACUUUCACUGCUGAGAAUUAACUGCAGCAUUUCUUGAAGACUGGUUACACGUGAUUCUCUUCUCUGCUGUCAGCAUUUUUUUGGAGAGGGACAGGGGUGGGUUGGGGGAGAUUGGGAGACACUGUUUUGAAAUUGCUGGUAGCUGUUCUACCAUGGAGUCAGAGCCAAUGUCUUGCUUCCUUGAGGCUUUUUUUUUCUGUGACAACUCUCUUCACCUGCAUGAGUUCCAAGUUGCUUCUGUCCUCAUUUUGUGCUGGUGUAUCUCAACAGUUUUGUACAGUAGUUGUCUAAGGGGUGGGGGGGGGGAGUUAAAAAAAAAUAAACCUGCAUGUGUGUGCGUGUCACCCGCCCCCGCCCUGUGCAGUGCAAACACAGACUGACCAUGUGUGGUUUGAUUUUUCUACCACUGAAUUGGGUUAUUCUCCUCAAGCCCCUUUUUUUUUGUAGAAAAAAAAUUUGCAUUUUAAUCUGUGACACUACCUGUGCUACAAAAUUACAAGUGCCAGAGGGAUUUGUUGCAUCUCCAACUCUUUCUUUGUGUUCCUUUUUUUAUUAUUAUUAUUAUGCAGAUACAUUUUUUGUUCCUGUAUUACAAACAACAUGAACUGAGCUUGCCACUGGAAGCUUGGGCAAUGCUUUUAUCACCAAAGUCACCGUUGUACAAAAAAAGUUUUGUUUUUCGCUCCUUUUUAAAAGAAUCUGAUCCAUCACUGCUGUAUGUGCAUAGUAAUAUAUGCUAGUUAUCAGUACUCAGCUGUAGAUAUUAAAAUGAAUGGCUAUUUGCCUUUGCUAGUAGCAGUAUUGAAGCUGUAAUCGUCAUGUAGAGAGUUGCCACGUAAUUGAUCACCUUCGAGUUUUUUCUAUUUCGAGUUAAAGGCAAUGUUCAGUAUGCAAAUCGAUUAUUUUAAAAUGCUAUUGUAAAUACCUUUGUGAAUAUUUUAGUAUCGUCUUUGAUAAUAUUCAACAUUUUCAUGAUCAGAUUGGUUGUCUUUUACCUGUGGUUUUUAAGUACAUUGUCCGGUAAAUCGUGGUCCCAUUUUCAUAAAGGGUUCUUCUACAGAACAGAGGAGCAUUUCUCAACCUAAAAGCCUACAUUCGGCACAAGUUACAAAGAAAGUAUUUCUUCCUUUCUUAACCCUCUAAACUUAUCACAUGUGCUCCAUUAAAUGGAGAAGUCAGUUCCUAGUACCGUUAAUUUUCUUUUUAAGUGGAUGACGUGAUUUCCAGUAAAAGGUUAUCCAUUCACUCGUCAGGAAGUUAUGGUGAGAAGAUAGUUUAUUAUAAAAUUCUGUUCCUUGGUUUUUGUCAUUCUUUGUAUUAUUGUAAGGGCAAUGUGUUAAACUUCCAUACAAUUGUUUUAAACAUGCUGCUGCUCACUGGACUGUGCAGAUAAUAGGUGUCAGCAACAUAUGUUGAACCCAAGGUGAUUGAGACAUGGGUACGUACAAAUGAGGUAUGUAAGGUUUGUGUCAGGAAUUUACAGCUAAAAUGAUUCAGUAAAUCAGUAUGGGGGGUGGGAGCGAGAGAAGGGAAAGUGAUUUGUUAUCCAGUUUUAUUCACUUAACAGAAACAUUGAGUUAUCAGGUUCAAAAAGUGGAGUUGGCUGUAUUUGUUCUAUUGAAAGGGAGUUGAGCAGUUUUUUAAAAAAUAUUUGACGACAAUAUGUUAAACCUGUGUCGUUUUCCACUGAUUUGGGGCAUGGAUGCGAAUGAUUGCCCACAUUUAGGUCAGCUUAGAGGGUUACGUAUACUGCCUGUUGUGUGGUAAAUCUAAAAUCGACUGCAGAUGUGAGCAUCUAACACUCUCAAGAGCACCUGUUGGAGGGCUCAGACGACCUGAUGGCAAGUGGUCACUUUCUGCUCCACUGCUCCAAACCUGGCUUCUGCUUGUGUGGAUGCGUCGGGACGAAUUUCUAUAAACCCUUUUUUUAUUCUUCCCAUUUAAACAGCAGCAAAGGUACUGAUUGAUAAAUGGGAACUGUUUGUUUGAAACAGCUUCAACAGAACACAUAGGACAAGUGAGGAGUCUCCAAUGACAAACAAAUGAUGCACUGCCAAUGUAUUUUUCCAAAAAAAGUCUAACAUGUUAUAAUGUUAUUUUAAAAACACACACACACAUAAAUCUACUGGUGAGCGAGCACUAGCAUGCAGUCUUGAUAUUUUUGUGUAGAGCUGUUUCACAUGUCUAGUCCCAGGGGGUUUAUAACAAGUCAUUGUGGAGGUCUGGCUGGGAAGGGAACCCCAGACAUCUCUGUAAGGGCUUCUGCAAGGACAAAAAGACAGAGAGAAAAAAAAUGUCAAAAAGACAUCAUCUGGUGCAGGGACUAAUGGACAUCUGUACAUAUGUAAAUGACAAAGGGAGACAUGUUCAAUGUUAACAGAAGUGCAUUCAUUUUCCUGGAAUGUGCAUUGUUUCAAUGAGUUUGCAAUCCAUCAGAAGUGACUGUGUGGAAAAUGAAUUCUGUUCGUUAGCUCUUGUGAAGUCUCUGCAAUCGUUUCACUUCUGUAAUAUACGAUCCUUCAGAAAAAGAACUUUUGUUUUACCCACAUGUAAUAUUUAGCUUCAGUGUAUUACUUAGUUGAUCACCUGUGUAUUUUUUAAGGUGCUACAAAAUUAAUGAAGAAAAUGAGGGGGUUAAAAAAAAGAUUGUAACCAAAUUCACGAGUUUGUACAAUUUUUGAUAUCAUGAUCAUUCAAGAAUUCAAAAAGGGUACAAUCUACUGUCACAUGCAAAAAUGGCCAUUUUUUUUGUUUGUACAUUGUAUGUACAAUGCAAUCAUUUCAUACUUUAAACUGGUCAGAAAACUAAUUGUGAUUUUUAGUCUUGCAAACUGUAUGUAGUUAGAUGAUGUGACAACCUAAUAUUUAUCUAAUAAAUAUGUAUUCAGAUGAAA